UCCUGUUUUCUAUCGUUCUCUCCUGUGAGAGAAGUGCAAUUGAACCGCUUUACUGUCUCAGCUCAAAUCGUCUUUCAAUAGGUUAUGGGCCUCGACUGCGUGGACACUGCGUCAAGGAGCUGAAGACUUGGGUGCUUCCCAUUUGAGUGCGAGUUCCCCAAAGGAAAAACCGGUGUCGAGGAGUACAUCGAGAACAUGGCGCUCGAGGAGUUGCCGGAGAUCGUGAAGAGCAUCCGCCGACAGUCGGAGCGCUGGCCUCAGUAUGAUGGCCAUGACACGAUGAAGUUGAUCGAGCUGCGCGAGGUCAUCAACGCCGUUUGCGACAGCUACGAAGUCCCGUACCUGCCAGAGCUCAAGAGCUUGGAGGAGGAGGAUUUGCAAGCCGCUGCCAUUGAGGAGAAGCACGGGCCAGGCCCGAAGGACAACGUCAAGAAGCUCAAGGAAAUCAAUAAUGUGAUUAUUGUCGCACUUUCGACGUGUCUCACCGGAACAGCUCGCUUAGUCUUGAGUGGCCUUAGGAAGGAAAUCAAGAGCGGCCAUGGUCGUGGAAUGAUACUACACGACUGGAUUGAUCGAACCGACAUCGAUCUGGAGGCGCUGGAGAGCGUGUUUGCGCAAGCUGAAGCUGAUUUGAUCACCACGAAGCUGCAGAGUCAAAAUGAUCUGAGCAACUACCGGCGCAAGAUUGACCUGACAGUGUCGACGCUGCGGAUGAGCAGCAGGUUUGUCGAGGAGGACACGGUCAAGAAGUUGGUGAGCAACCUGCCCACACAAGCGCGUGUCUACGUGGAGGACAAGAUGGAAACCAUGGGUGACAGCAAGAAGAAGAUGGUGACUUUUUGGACCAUCCUCAAGAGGGCAGUGAUGUGCAUGCCAGAUGUGCCCAUGGAGCGCGAGGAAGCCUACUACGCCCAAGGAGGGCGCGGCCGCGGUGGUCGACAGAGGAAGCAUGAGCCGGAGGGCAAGGACUUGCACCGGUUCAACGGCAAUUGUCACUACUGCAAGGGCUAUGGCCACAAGAAAGCAGACUGUGAGGCUUGGCGGGGCCUGAGGAGGCAAAUUUUCAUCUGCGUGCGGACCAAGGCAUGGCUAUCGUGGACUCGGGUGCCAGCAGCCACUUCCUCAACGAUGAACGUUUGUUUGAGACCAUGA